CAACUUUCCUCUGCGGCGUUCAGCACUUUGUGAGGAUGGAGAGCGAAUAAAUUGAGCAAAGAGGGACUUAAAAAGAUGAUGUGGAUGGUGGAUGGUGGAUGGCGGGGAAGGUGGCAGGAGGGGAGGGGAGAGGGGGGGGACAUUAAUAGUGGCAUGUGUUAAUGAGAAAUCCGUGGGCACGUUUUAAGACUCAUCAGAUUUCUGUGCAUGCACUCAGCGGGCAAGUCUUUCCACUCCAGUGUGGUAGCAGCGGUACUAUUUUUAGAAACAAUGUUGCGGUAGAGGAAUCAAUCAAAGUGGGACUAAAAAAAAAGAAAAAAAGAAAACUAAUGUUUUUCAUGACAAUCUGCUGCUUUUUAGAGCUGCAAUCUUCUGUGAUUUCCACCUACGCUUUGCCGGGUCAUGGGAUAGGACGUUGCAUUUAGAGCUAUCUUGUCACAGCUGAUGCAAAAAAAAAAAGAGAGAUGCCUUUCCCUCUGAUGCUCUCAAGGAAAACACACCAGUGGACUGCAAACUUUUACACCAUGGAAUCCACCACACAUUGUGGCUGCAAUGCUUUUGGGACCUCGUGUAGUUUUGGAAUUUCUAAACCAUAUAGCAGUUUGGGAUGUGAAUGAGAAUUAUUGAUGAGACUGGAAAUCGGGAAAGAAGGCGCGUUGCUUCUGUUUUCUCAUCAUCUUUACUACUCUCAAGUGUGAGCACGUUUUUUUUUUUUUUUUUUGCUCUUAUGGGAAUUAAGCACUCGUCCCGCUGUAUGCUCCUCAGGAGAAAAAUGGCGGAGUCUGAGAGCAGUGAGCAACCACAGUUACAGCCACAGCCAAUCCGCAUAAUCCCCUCCCAGUCGGCGCAGCCCACCUCAUUGCCCAAGCCGGUGCCUUCCAUCCAGCACACCGCACGGCCUGCUCUGCCGCCACACACGCCCCAUGCUGCCAGCCUACCUAGCUGCCCUGGGCGGGGGAAGAUGGCCAAGUUUCUCAGCCCAGAGGAGAUGACAUCACGAGACUACUACUUUGACUCUUAUGCACACUUUGGUAUACAUGAGGAGAUGCUGAAGGACGAAGUGAGGACGCUCACCUACAGGAACUCCAUGUACCACAACAAACACGUCUUCAAGGACAAAAUAGUGCUGGAUGUCGGAAGCGGGACUGGGAUCCUGUCCAUGUUCGCGGCAAAAGCAGGGGCAAAGCACGUGUAUGGGAUUGAAUGUUCCAGUAUAUCAGAGUACUCAGAGAGGAUCAUCAAAUCCAACCACCUCGACAGCGUGAUCACCAUCUUUAAAGGCAAGGUGGAGGAGGUGGAGCUUCCUGUUGAGAAGGUUGAUAUCAUAAUAUCUGAGUGGAUGGGUUACUGCCUCUUCUAUGAAUCCAUGCUCAACACCGUCAUCUUUGCCAGGGACAAGUGGCUGAAACCUGGAGGAUUAAUGUUUCCUGAUCGUGCCUCUCUGUAUGUGGUGGCCAUAGAGGACAGGCAGUACAAAGACUUCAAAAUACAUUGGUGGGAGAACGUAUAUGGCUUUGACAUGACCUGUAUCCGUAAUGUGGCCAUGAAGGAACCACUAGUGGACAUAGUGGACCCCAAACAGGUGGUGACCAACUCCUGCCUCAUUAAGGAGGUGGAUAUCUACACAGUGAAGGCUGAGGAUCUCUCGUUUACCUCAGCGUUCUGCCUGCAGAUCCAGAGAAACGACUACAUCCAUGCGCUGGUCACCUACUUCCACAUCGAGUUCACUAAAUGUCACAAGAAGACUGGUUUCUCCACUGCACCAGAUGCUCCAUACACCCACUGGAAGCAGACAGUGUUUUACCUGGAGGACUACUUGACGGUGCGGAGAGGAGAGGAGAUCACUGGCAGCAUUGCUAUGAAGCCCAAUGAGAAAAACAUUCGCGACUUGGACUUCACCUUCGAGCUGGAUUUUAAAGGACAACUGUGUGAAGCGGCCAUAGCCCAUGACUACAAGAUGCGUUAAGUUUAACUGGGGGACUUUGGUGCCCCAUUGAGUACAACACCCUGAGCACCAGAGGGAGACAGAAACACUCCCAUGACUCCAAACGACGUAAGAGGGGCAUAGAAUAAAGGAAAAAGGCCAGGCCAAAGACCAAGCAGAGGCGGCCCUACUGACAAUAUCACUGUUGUCACUGCAGUAUAUGAAGAAGGCAGGAAGUUACUGAUGCUGACUGUUAAACAAUUCUGAAUGUACCACUGACAAAAGAGGCCCAGACUACUAAGUGUUGAUGGAUGUUAUUAAUUAUUGAUGUGCGUAUAUGUGAGAUGGAGUGAUGUAUCUGUAUGUUUUGUUCAGUAUUUCUUUUCCACAUUAACCUGGACAUUAUGGAGGGAUUUUUAAAUUCUCGUAGAGCUCAUCUAAUUCAUUACCGUAUUGUCCAUAGACUGCUAUAGGUAGCUAAUCAAUUUAAGGUGUAAUUCUUAUGUCAUAUUAUGUACUGUAGGGAAUGAUUAUCAGAGAAACACUUUAAUUUGUAGUUGUAUCAAUUUAGCAAUGUUGGAAAACUAACAGCCAAGGACAAACCUUUGUAGGUACGUAUAUGUGUAAUGUGAAAGGUGACACACGUUUGCAUAGUCAGUGUACUAGUAGCUUCCUGUGAGUGUGUAAUAGAAGGUGCUAUCGCACAGCUUGGACUCCAGAUGUGUCAGUUUGAGAUGUGAUGCUGACAUGCCAAUUACAUACCUUCCCCAUCCUCAAUGCCUUGACCAAGCGCCAAAGUGUACCUAGUUCUUUUCCGCACACAGCUGCAUUUAGCUUUUUUUCUAGUUUCAUAAAUAGACGCUGGCUGCUCUUCUUUUAUUGGUUUCGAGAUAUUGGUUAAAACACAGGCAUCUGCACAUGAUCCACGUCAGGCUGUCUAACCCCACAUUAAACUAGCUCGAUCUCAGUUAAGUAUUUUUAAGA